AUGAAACAUUUGGAAGACAUAUAUUAUGACCCUUCGCAUGAGGCUUCUUACGCGGGUGUAGAAAAGAUUGCCAAGUCUACACGGGGAAAUAUUCCACGUAAUCAACUAAUUGACUGCUUAAAGAGUCAAGAUGCAUACAAUCUCCAUCAACCUAUUGGACGUAAAUUUUCUAGACAGCAUUACAGUGUGUGUAAUAUUGAUGACGUUUGGGAAAUUGACCUAGCAGACUUGAGAUCUUUACAAAGCUACAAUGAUGAUUUUUCCUAUCUACUGGUUGUCAUUGACGUUUUGAGCAAAUUUGUCUGUGUUGAAACACUUCAAAGUAAAACUGCAUCUGAGGUUAAAGAAGCAUUUGAACGAAUUCUUCAUAGAACCGGUGGUAGAAUACCAGUCUACCUGCAGAGUGACAAAGAAAGAGAAUUUAUUGGUAAAGUUUUUCAAAAAUUCUUGUCAGAUCUUGUAAUACAGUUUCGUGUUACACGAGACCCUAGUAUAAAGGCUGCCAUUGCUGAACGUUUCAAUCGUACAAUUAAGGAGCGUAUGUGGCGGUACUUUACACGCCGUAAUACUCAUCGAUACAUUGGUGUUCUCCAACUAAUGGUACAUGCAUACAAUAGUGCUCGUCAUUCAAGCAUACGUAUGGCGCCAUCUACAGUAAAUCUCCAAAAUGCUGCUGUAGCUUGUGUAGAAAACGACGAAUUCAUUGUUGAAAAGGUGAUUCAAACAAAGGGCCACGGAGCUAAGAAACAGCUUCUUGUAAAGUGGGUUGGGUACCCUGACAAAUUCAACUCGUGGAUACAAGCUACAGAGCUAAACACUCUACAAUGA